AUGGAACCCCCUGAUGCUGCGGCCGCCGCCGCAGUUUCCGCAGCAAAUACGGUCGUGUCAAGCGCUAUUACUACUACCACGACAUCAGCGACAACUUUAAUCACAGUCACAACCACCACGACUACAACAUCGACGGCACCAUUUGCGGCUGCACCUGGUAUGCGCGCAGUCACGCCAAUCGGACCACCAAACAAACGAAAUGUAGGCUCACCUGUUCCAGCAGUAACCGCUACAUCGACACUGCAGUCGCAUCAGCAGCCCACACAAAUACAACAGGCGCAGAAACAACCGCAAGCAACUCAACUGCAGCAGCAUUCGGCCGCUGUUACAUCAACACAACCACGAGUAGGAACCGCUCCAGAUAGCCAGCAGCACCUCGUAAUCAACUGUGCUGAGCUCACAAGCAAUUCCGGUGGCACGGGCUCGGAUAAUGCCAAUCAAGCGGGACUCAAAAACGCAACAGCUGGCGGCUUUGGCGCACAGCUCGCUUCGAAAAUUAGCAAAGAAUACACACUCUUCUUCAUUAGGCGAAUUCUUUAG